CCCGACUAUAUCUCUGUUUUGUCUUCAAGGUCCACUGUCAAGAUACUUGGACAAGCGGGAAUACUCAGUGACAGAGAAGGCUUAAGAGGAAAAGAGGGUGGCAAUACAGGAUCAGUGAAUCCUGAAGGGAUUAAUAACAUAAGAAAGAUCCUCUCUAACUGGAACAAAGUCUUACAAAGGCUCAGACAGUUUGGACACAGAUUCAUCAAGCAUUAGGAUUACCAUAUUUGGACAACUUGAAGCUGAAGUACAAACAAGCGUUGAAGGAGAGAAACAUCUUUCCACAAGUUGAAACUACAACAAGUGGGACAUCACAACUGAUCCUUGAGAAUCAACCUGAAGCCAGUUUCUAUUGAGACAUAAGACGUUUAAGUCAUAAGAUCACAACACAUCAUAACACAGGGAGAGACAAGGUGUCAGACAAGGUUGAAGGAAUUAUCAGAGGUGACCUCUACACAGACGAGACUCUAGCAGAUCACACAGGCCCAACCAUGACGGAGAGAAGGCGUGUGGGCUACUGCAUGCACAGAGAGGUGUUGGAUGAAGGAAAGGUGGACCAGUUGGCUGAGAAAUCAGAUGUUAAAGUCCCUUUCUCUGAAAAAAUCAGAGAGUCAAUGAGGUAAGGUGAUAACCUUACUUUAACCUUGCAUACAACUGAAAACAAAAACGAAAAUGAAAUGGAACUGUGACAAAACAGUGUUCAGAAAUGACUCACUAUUGAGUGAGUAUUGUUAAGUAUAAUAAUGCCCAGGGUUAGGUAGGUUACUUUGUAAAUGUAAUUGGUUACAGUUCUAAGUUAUCUGUCCAAAAUUGUAAUGAGUAACGCAACUUUAGGAUUACCCAAACUCAGUAACGUGAUCUGAUUACUUUUAGUUACUUUUGGACUACUUUCCCCUUAAAGAUGCUGUCCGGGAUCUUAAGCACAACAAAUUUGUAACAUAUUGUACGAAUUGGAUUCGUAACAUAUCAUAUGAAUUGCCAAAAAUCUGGGGGAAAAAACGUUUUUUUGCAGGACAUAACAUAUAAGAAAUGGAUGGCGUAGUACACAGUUGGAUGAUGUAGUACACAUAAAAUUGGGUCCCUUUUUAUCUCUUGACCACCACUUUCAAAACUACUAUCUGAAAUGAAUCAAAAGUUCUGGAACAUAACUUUAAGAGGCAUCAAUCAAAUGCAUUUGGUAUGUCAUCAUAGUGAUCUCUGACUUGUGGUCAGACUCGCUCAGGAAGAACAAACUUAAACUUGCGCAUUUUUUCAAUGCUGAAUUGAAUGUCAUUGAGACAACAGAAAGGUGUCAUAAUGUAUUUUCUGCAAACACAAUUUCUGAACUUAAUUCCCCGGGCUCCGAUGAUUUGGACUUCGAUUAAGGCAGGCCCCCGCACCUCUCUGAUUCAAAGGGGUUGGGUUAAAUGCAGAAGAGACAUUUCGGUUGAAUGCAUUCAGUUGUGCAACUGACUAGGUAUCCCCUUUCCCAUCCCUAAAAGUAAUCCAAGAAGUAAUCAUCCAGUUUUUCAAAAGUAUCUGUAGUCUGAUUACAAUAUUUUAGCUGGUAACGUAACUGAUUACAGUAAAUAAAUAAAAAAUGUGUGUAAGGAAUAAUACCAUCUGUAAUGCCUGGACAGUCUCAGUGUAUCCUAGUGUUGUUUUAGUAUAGUAUGUUUAAGAGGAACUGAGUGUGCCUCUUAGUUCCCCCUACAGAUGUAGGAUCUUAAUUUGAGCAAGUUUGCUACAGCAGGAAAAUUAUUCUGCAGCAACAGGAAAUGUGAAUUAUUAUGUGGAUUAUAAUUAAUGCACAUUUUUCAUAUAAAGAUUAUCCUGCAACAGGGUGAUCAAAUUAACAUCCUACACCUGUAUGUCUCAGCAGGUCCUGUGUGCCUGUUUCAGUGAGAUUAAAAAGAUAUCGGUACUCAAUUUACUGUUAUCAUACCAGGGUUAACAUUUUAGAACUGGUACUUGAUACCAGGUGCUGGUACUCAAACAGUAGAAAAUUAGAGAAGGCAAAUCUCUGUACCCUCUUUAACCACUGGCCUGCAUAUGUCUCUUUAGUGUGAGCUUCUCAGUCUCAGUGUGUGUGUGUGUGUGUGUGUGUGUGUGUGUGUGUGUGUGUGUGUGUGUGUGUGUGUGUGUGUGUGUGUGUGUGUGUGUGUGUGUGUGUGUGUGUGUGUGUGUGUGUGUGUGUGUGUGUGUGUGUGUGUGUGUGUGUGUGUGUGUGUGUGUGUGUGUGUGUGUGUGUGUGUGCGUGCGUGCAUAUGUGUGUGUGUGUGUCUUCUCUCCCAGGUGUUCUGGCCCCAGGCUGAAGAGUUUUAUGUUGUCAUCUGUUCCUGUUCUCUCCUGGCUGCCUCGCUACUCCCUCAGAGACAACGCCGUCGGAGACCUGAUCUCAGGCAUCAGUGUGGGCAUCAUGCACCUACCACAAGGUCUGAUUGCCUGACUAAAUAUAACCUUGUAUUAUUACCCUGUUACCAUCAUUAAUAACCAUAUAAUAACCAUCUUUGAGUAACUUUGGAAUAUUAAUAUAUUUUGUGUCACUGUAGGGAUGGCUUAUGCUCUGCUAGCAGCAGUGCCCCCAGUGUUUGGUCUGUACUCCUCCUUUUACCCCAUCCUCAUCUACUUCAUCUUUGGGUCGUCCAAACACAUCUCUGUGGGUAAGUAGUUUGCUAUAUAGAGAGUACAAACCAUGUUUAAUGUUUUAUGUCACACACAGAGACCAUGGGUCCUACUAAUCACCCCAAACAAUCCAAAACAACCCCAAACAACCCAAAAUAACCUAAUAAACCUAUACAUGCACAAACAUUUCAGUCAUACAUUUUUAUUAUUUCUGCUAUCGUGACCAUAUAGAAUAUAGAAUCCUGAACCCAAUAUAUCACAAACCAGACCGAAACGUGAACCAACCUCUAAUUUGGGUGGUUUCGUGUUGUUUUGGUAGCCUGUUUGUGGUUCUUUUGGGUACUUCUGUGUUGUUUUGGGUACCUGUUUGUGGUUGUUUGUGGUUGUUUUGGGAACUUUUGAAUUGUUUUGAGUACUUUGGGGGCUGUUUUGGGUACUUCUGUGUUGUUUUGGGUACCUGUUUGAGGUUGUUUGUGGUUGUUUUGGGUACUUCUGGGUACUUUAAGGUCAUUUUGGGUAACUGUUUGUGGUUGUUUGUGGUUGUAUUGGGUACUUUUGGGUUGUUUUGGGUAAUUUAGGGUUGUUUUGGGUACCUGUUUGGUGUGGUUUGGGGUUAUUUGGGGUGAUUAGUAGGACCCGAGACGACUACACCUUAUGACUCAUUUUGCCAUCCAGUGAACACAACUAAUGUUAUGCCUAGAGUCAGAACAUUAAUUUCAAACGAACUACUUUAUGUAUAUAAACCUUAACCCUAACCUCUCUCUCUUAGGUACAUAUGCAGUGAUGAGUGUGAUGAUCGGGGGAGUGACCGAGCGCUUGGCCCCAGACUCUAACUUCAUGAUGUAUGAUAACGCCACCAAUGAGAGUACGGUGGAUGUUUUUGCUCGAGACACGGAGCGGGUGAAAGUGGCUGCUGCCGUUACUUUCAUGUCCGGCCUCUUCCAGGUAAAUCUGACUGAACGUCAACUGCAUGCCACAAGACUGUUAGCCUGCUGAGCUAAAGCCUAGGAAGUCUUUAGGUCUCAGGCAAGGUUAGUCAUCAUUACUUAUCUCCGAAAUACCUGUUAUAUUAGCAGAGAUUGUAUGACAGCUUCUCACAUAUGUGUGUGUGUGUGUGUGUAGAUGCUCCUGGGCCUGGUUCAGUUUGGCUUUGUGGUGACCUACCUGUCUGAGCCCCUGGUCAGAGGGUACACCACCGGAGCAGCCAUCCACGUCAUCGUCUCUCAGCUCAAGUACACCUUUGGUAUCAGUCCACAACGCUACAGUGGACCCUUCUCCCUGAUCUUUGUAAGUACUACAAACACACAUAGGCAUGGGCAUUAGGGUCCUACACUCAUGUGGUGGUGCCCUCUAUGGGUGGGGGAAAGAACUGCCUCUGCCAUUUUCUACUGAUAUGCAGUAAAGUGGACACCCCCACACAAAACUCUCACAUCGCGACGAGAGAGAGCGAACGACACGUCGAUAUAAAAGAGGACGGAAUCACGGGAAAAGGAAUCAGGGAUAGAAGUGAGCUAGUUCAGCAGGGAGACGAGGGAGAGAGAGAGGAGAAGAGAGAGAGAGAGGAGGAGGAGAGAGGAGAGGGACAAGAGGAGAGAAAGAGAAGAGAGAGAGGAGAGCGAGGGCGAGAGAGGGAGCAGCAGGGAAGAGCGUCGCUCUCCUCUGCUUCUCUCUCUCUCUCAUCUCUAUCUCGCUCUCUCUCUCUCUCUCUCUCGCUCUCUCUCAUCUCUCUCUCUCUCUCUCUUUGUAGACAGUGAUAGAGGUGUGCUAUCUGGUGCCAGAGACCAACAUAGGCACCCUAGUGGUGAGCCUGGUGUCCAUCAUUGGCCUCAUCAGCGUCAAGGAGCUCAACACCUACCUGGGCAAAAAGCUGCCGGUACCCAUUCCUGUAGAGCUGCUAGGCGUGAGUCACAGUCCCACUCCUCCUACACCCAACAGAGGACAAACAGAUUAGUUCCCACUGUGAAAAUUAGACCAAAUGACUGGCAGUGAGCUAAAAUUGGUUUGUGCAUAAACAAUGGAUAACGAAGUGGAGUAGGAGAAACACUGUUAAUGUAGAACAAAAAUAUAGUAACUUUAUUAGUACCACAUAAACAGCCAAACAUUAUUUUGAUGAAAGUACAACAUAAAGUACUGUAACAAUUAUCUAUCUGUGAAAAUAGUUGCUCUCUCUAUCUCUCUCGGACAACAUUGACUUUAAUAGCAGAAUUUAUUUUGACAAAAGAUUAUCUGGAAAUAAUGUAUAAUGUGCACUACAAUCUGUCCAUUUAUCUUUAUUUUUAUUUUGUUGUUGUAAUUUUGUAACCCCCUUUUUCUCCCCAAUUUCGUGACUACAAUCUUGUCUAAUUGCUGCAACUCCCAACGGGCUCGGGAGAGGCGAAGGUCGAGUCAUGCGUCCUCUGAAACAUGACCCGCCAAACCGCGCUUCUUAACAUCCGCUCGUGUAACCCGGAAGCCAGCUGCACCAAUGUGUCGGAGGAAACACUGUUCAACUGACGACCGAAGUCAGCCUGCAGGCACCCGGCCCGCCACAAGGAGUCGCUAGAGCACGAUGAGCCAAGUAAAGCCCCCUCGGCCAAACCCUACCUUAACCCAGACGACGCUGGGCCAAUUGUGCGCCGCCCUAUGGGACUCCCGGGCACGGCCAGGGAUCGAAUCCCAGGCUGUAGUGGCGCCGCAACACUGCGAUGCAGUGCCUUAGACCGCUGCACCACUCGGGAGGCCCUAAUCUGUCCGUUUCUAAUGUGGGUUUAGACAUUGCAUUCAUCUCUUCGUCUUUCUGUCUGUCUGUCGUCAGAUCAUCAUCGCCACGGUGAUCUCCUGGCAGGUCAACCUGGAGGGGAAGUAUGGAGUGGAAGUGGUGGGAGAGAUCCCCUCUGGGUGAGGAGAGGAGCAUUAUACACACAUAGAGAUACCACACAGAUACAUAACCACAUAGAUACACAACCACAGAUACAUAACCACAUAGAUAAACAACCACAUAGAUGCACAACAACAUACAGUACAUGCACAGCCAUAACAGCCCACAUCCCAGAUACUCAGUCACGUAGUCUACCUACACAACCACUUGUACAGAUGGCAUUAUACCUAGAUACACAACCACCAAACUACAGUACACAACAUGAUCACACAAAGAUAUCCUUGUCAAGGAGAAUAACAGUUACCCUUGUUUCUCUUCCCUAGUCUACAGCCCCCUGUCAUGCCUACAGCCUCUCUAUUUGGGCAGGUGAUAGGUGAUGCCUUCGCUCUGUCUGUGGUUGGCUACGGCAUUGCCAUCUCCCUCGGACGGAUCUUUGCCCUAAAAUAUGGCUACAAAGUUGACAGCAACCAGGUAAAAAUAUUGUCAAUGACUAUGUGAUUGGAAAUCUUUCUGGGUGUGGUUGUUGUAAUGUGUGGCAUGCACUGCUUGUGAAUGACUGUUUGUGCUAUACACUCCCCUAUUUACUGAAGAAAGUGGUCUCUUCCUGGUUUAGGAAUUGAUAGCCCUGGGUCUCAGCAACUCCAUCGGAGGGGUGUUUCAGUGCUUUGCAAUCAGUUGCUCCAUGUCCCGCACCAUGGUACAGGAAAGCACUGGGGGCAAGACUCAGGUACAGACUCAUCUCAUUAUGACAGUAAUCAUACAUUAUUCUGUUGCAUUGAUAACUGGGUUCAUUAAAAAACACUCAAAGCGUUCAUUAAAACCCACAUCACAAACCCACGUGGAUUCCUUAAAACACAAGUAAUUAGUUGUCUAGCACUUCAAUUCAACAGCCAGGGCUCAAUAUUCACAACACUACGCAAUUACAGGAGGGCCUGGUUGUUGUCUGUUUUAACCCUCAAUGAUCCAGCUCUUUCUUUCUUUUCUUAUAUCUCUCUCUCUUCUCCCAGGUGGCGAGUGCUCUUUCAGCCAUGGUGAUUCUGGUCAUCAUGCUGUGGAUUGGGGCUCUCUUUGAAGAGCUGCCAAAGGUACCAUUCUAUUGGCUGUUGGUUUAUAGACUGAGGUGGUUCUGUGUGUGAUUGUGAUUGGUGGCUGUCUCUCUGUCCACUAGGCCGUGUUGGCAGCCAUCAUCUAUGUGAACCUGCAUGGCAUGAUGAAGCAGUUCAUGGACAUCCCAACUCUGUGGAAGAGCAAUAAAGUUGAUAUGGUGAGAGAGAGAUAGAGGGCAGGGGGAGUAAGGGUAAGGUGUUAUAGAGGGGAUCGGGGUGAGAUGAAGGAGAAAAGCGGAGAAAGAGAAUAGAGGGGUGAAACGGGAGGAUGAGUUAGAUUUUAUUUAAUUGGUUUCUCAUCACAGAGGUAAUAUAAUCCCAUAGUAGAAACAGAAGUCUCAGUGGUAAAGUGAGAGAGUUUAAUGAGGGAGGAGGAUGUGUGUUAACUCUGGGGUUUUCCUCUGUCUGCCCCCCUCCCUCUCUCCCUAGCUGGUGUGGGUGGCCACUCUGAUCCUGACUGUGCUCUUCAACCCUGACCUGGGCCUGGCAGCCUCCAUUGCCUUCUCCAUGCUCACGGUCAUCUUCAGGACCCAGCUGUGAGUAUACAACCGCUCACACAUACACUACCAGUCAAAAGUUUGGACACAGAUCACCUGGCCUCCACAAUCCCCCGACCUCAACCCAAUUGAGAUGGUUUGGGAUGAGUCGGACCGCAUAGUGAAGGAAAAGCAGCCAACAAGUGCUCAGCAUAUGUGGGAACUCCUUCAAGACUAUUGGAAAAGCAUUCCAGGUGAAGUUGGUUGAGAGAAUGCCAAGAGUGUGCAAAGCUGUCAUCAAGGCAAAGGGUGGCUAUUUGAAGAAUCUCAAAUAUAAAAUAUAUAUUUUGAUUUGUUUAACACUUUUUUGGUUACUACAUGAUUCCAUAUGUGUUAUUUCAUAAUUUUGAUGUCUUCACUAUUAUUCUACAAUGUAGAAAAUAGUAAAAAUAAUAAAAAACCUUGAAUGAGUAGGUGUGUCCAAACUUUUGACUGGUACUGUACACUAGCGCGUACACACUCACACACACAAAACUCUAUCCCAGACAGACUCCAUCUAACCACGAACCUCAAACACUACUCAUUUUAAUUUACCCCACACGUCAUUAAACUACCCAUUCACUCUUUAAAGUCAUUUUAACAGAUUUAAAAGGGACUAGAUGUCUCAUCUGCUCCACUUCUGAAACUAUGUUUGAAAAAACAUACCAAAUUGUGUAAUAAAUCGUGUGUUAAAUCCCUACACUUGUCUAUUUGUCCGUUUAAGGCCGAAGUACUCCCUCCUAGGGCAGGUCCCUGAGACUGACAUCUACAGACCAGUGGAGAACUAUAAUCAGGUAUGCAUCCAUGGCAACCAGAUAUAUAAAUAUACAGUACGUAUUCAGUUACUCUCUAAUCAUACCGCCACUCCAAUCAAGAGGGAGUCUUUAACUUGUAGGUACCAGGUCUAUGUCUGUGAAGGUGUUUCACUUUGGUUUUCUACAGUAUAUCAGUUGUAAGGUUUCCCCUAGAUACAGAUUUAGGAUCAGCUUCCCCUCCCUCAAACAUAUGUUUAAAGCUAGAAUCAUUAGUUGCUACAUCCAUUUUUGGACGUAUACAUUAAUUAUAUAGACCCAUUGAUUCUAGAAGAAUAUAACUUAUAAAUGCCAUAACGGUCGUAACCGAUCAGAACCCAAAAUAUAAGCUUGUUUUACUCCAAUGUUUGUAAACAAUGUAAAUGUAAACAAACACUGUAUAGCCUCAAAACAUGGUUAAAACUAUCAUUGUGAUAUCAUGGAUGGUCAGUCCUUGCAUCCAUCGCUCUGUCUAUGAAUUUGAGAGUGGAUACAUUUCUCCAGGCCCAUCCCUCAGCUUUUUACCAAAACAGAGGCAGGGUAACCACUUUUGUAUUUUUUCAAUCAUAGCCGUGAGAAAUAGGGGUGCUGAGGGUGAUGCCAGCACCCCCUGAAAAAUCAUAAAUGAAUAAAAAUAUGAAUACAAAUAUUUAUUUUUUCCCAGAAGUAGUGCACUGGGUACUGUAUUAGUGGACCGAUAUAGAUGUCUGUAGCGCGGGCAAACAUUCUAAGCCCCCCCCACUCCCAAACUACUUCCAGCGGCUAUGCCCAUGAUCAGUGUCUAGGGGCAACUCUGUGUAAUGGCUAUGUUUCAUCAUUCUUGUUAGUCUUUAUUAUAAUAAGAGCAUUGAUAUAAAUAACCAUUGUCUCUCAGGUGAAGGAGGUCCCUGGUGUGGUGAUAUUCCGCUCCUCUGCCACCCUCUACUUUGCCAACGCUGAGAUGUACCAAGACGCCCUGGCAGAGAAGGUGAGGUCACAGGAAUUACUAUGCACUACUGUCACGCCCUGACUCAGGGGACUCUUAUUUGUUGAGUCAGGGUGUGUAUAUUCUAUGUUGUGUAGUUCUAUGUUGUCAUUCUAGUAUGUGUAGAUCUAUGUUGGCCGGUGUGGUUCCCAAUCAGAGGCAGCUGUCGCUCGUUGUCUCUGAUUGGAGAUCAUACUUAGGCAGCCUAUUGGCACUCGUUAGUUGUGGGAUCUUGUUCUGUGUGUAGGCUUGUUUUGUGUUCAGCCUUAGGACUUCACGUUUCGUUUGGUUUGUUGUUUUGUCGUGUGUUUAUCAGUUAAUAAACAUGUACGCAUUUCACGCUGCGCCUUGGUCUGACCUGUCCUUAAACGAACGUGACAGAAGAUCCCACCAAACACGGACCAAGCAGCGUGCCCAGGAGGACCGAACACCCUGGACACAGGUGGGGAAGAUUUGGUCUUGGGAGGAGAUAUUUGCGGGGAAAGGACCAUGGGCGAAGGAGAGGAAGCCGGCCGAGGAGGAAGCCCGAGAAGCAGCCCCAAGAACAAUUUUUGGGGGGGCUAAAGGGGUGGUCAGGGAGCGAGAGAGAAGAGCCCCGACCACUGCACCCGGUGGGUUUCCAGAUUAAUUCCCUACGACCAUGGGAAGAAGAGUGGGAACAGUUCUAUACUGAGGAUUCGGAGGAUGACGACGACAAUGAGUUUCGGCAGUGCCGAGAGUGAGAGAAGGAUUGGAUCUGCAGGGUAAGAGAGGAGGCCACCACAUUACGGGGGCUGAUAGCUAGAAUGGAGCGAGAGAGAUCCAUUCAAGAGGAGGCACUGCAGGAGGCUCGUAGGGAGAAGGAGGAAGUAGAGGCACGGAGAGAGGAGCUGGUUAGGCAGCAUAAGGAGCGGGGGUUAAUAGAGGAACCCAGUUAUGCAGAGCUACGUACUGUGCUAGCACCACGCACGUGCCGUGCUAAAAUGGGCAUCCAGCCAGGAUGGGUUGUGCCAGCUCUCCGCUCCAGACCUCCAGUCCGCCUCCACAGUCCGGUCCGGCCCGUUCCUGCUCCUCGCACUAGGCCAGUGGUGCGUGUUCCCAGUCUGGCCCGGCCCGUUCCUGCUCCUCGCACGAGGCCAGUGGUGCGUGUUUCCAGUCUGGCCCGGCCCGUUCCUGCUCCUCGCACCAGACUAGUGGUGCGUGUUCCCAUCCGGCCUGUUCCUGCUCCUCGCACCAGGCCAGUGGUGCGUGUUCCCAGUCCGGCCCAGCCCAUUCCUGCUCCUCGCACCAGACUAGUGGUGCGUGUUCCCAGUCCGGCCCGGCCUUUUCCUGCUCCUCGCACCAAGCCAGUGGUGCGUGUCGCCAGUCCGGCCCGGCCUGUUCCUGCUCCUCGCACCAAGCCAGUGGUGCGUGUUCCCAGUCCGGCCCGGCCUGUUCCUGCUCCUCGCACCAAGCCAGUGGUGCGUGUCGCCAGUCCGGCCCGGCCUGUUCCUACUCCUCGCACCAAGCCAGUGGUGCGUGUUCCCAGUCCGGCCCGGCCUGUUCCUGCUCCUCGCACCAAGCCAGUGGUGAGUGUCGCCAGUCCGGCCCGGCCCGUUCCUGCUCCUCGCACCAAGCCAGUGGUGCAUGUUCCCAGUCCGGCCCGGCCCGUUCCUGCUCCUUGCACCAAGCCAGUGGUGCGUGUCGCCAGUCCGGCCCGGCCCGUUCCUGCUCCUCGCACCAAGCCAGUGGUGCGUGUUCCCAGUCCGGCACGGCCUGUUCCUGCUCCUCGCACCAAGCCAGUGGUGCGUGUUGCCAGUCCGGCCCGGCCCGUUCCUGCUCCUCACACCAAGCCAGUGGUGCGUGUUCCUAGUCCGGUCCGGCCUUGCCUGCUCCUCGCACCAGACCAGUAGUGCACGUGUCCAGUCCGGCACGGCCCGUGCCCGUUCCACCGGAGCCUGAUCCGGCACCGGUCAGCUGCUCCACUCCGGAGCCAGAGCAGUCCGCUCCACCGGGGUCCAGUCCAGCUCCGGUCAGCGGCUCCACUCCGGAGCAAGAGCAGUCUGCUCCACCGGUGCCCAGUCCAGCUCCGGGCUUGGAGUUUCGUGGGAGGAAGGAGAGGGGAAGCAGCGCGCCGAGGUCCAGACCAGACCAGGGGUGCAACAGGGAGGCGGAGAGUAUGUGGUCGUCACGCCCGGAGCCGGAUCCGCCUCCGAGGCGGAAUGCCCACCCGGCCCCUACCCUGUUAUGUAAAGGUUGUGUGGUCGGAGUUCGCACCUUUGGGGGGGGGGUACUGUCACGCCCUGACUCUGGGGACUCCUAUAUGUUGAGUCAGGGUGUGUAUAUUCUAUGUUGUGUUUUCUAUGUUGUCAUUCUAGUAUGUGUAGAUCUAUGUUGGCCGGUGUGGUUCCCAAUCAGAGGCAGCUGUCGCUCGUUGUCUCUGAUUGGGGAUCAUACUUUGGCACUCGUUAGUUGUGGGAUCUUGUUCUGUGUGUAGGCUUGUUUUGUGUUCAGCCUUAGGACUUCACGUUUCGUUUGGUUUGUUGUUUUGUCGUGUGUUUAUCAGUUAAUAAACAUGUACGCAUUUCACGCUGCGCCUUGGUCUGACCCGUCCUUAAACGAACGUGACAACUACACAAGCAUACUUUAACGAAUUGGCAAAAUGCCUGACCCAUUUUGCUUACAUUCUGCUGUGUGCGUAUCGAGAGCGUGACAGACAUUGUUAAGAUGUCAUCCAUUCCUCUCUCCUCUACACCCCCCAUUAUGCUGUCAUGUUCCAAGGCAGGAACGGUAAAAUAUGAUAGAAUGUCUCACUCCCUUGCUAUUGUGUCUCCAGAGUGGGAUUGACAUCACCAAGCUCAUCUCCCAAAAGAAGAAAGCGGAGGCCAAGAGACUGAGGAAGGAAAAGAAAGAGGCCAGGAAAGCCAAGAAGGACGCGAAGAAGAAUGCACAGGAACUGGUGAGGAGGAGGAGUGACACUGAAAAGAGAGAGAUCAUUCCAGUCUGUUUGUAUAUCUCCAAUGUAAUCCACUAAUCGGGUCAAUGUGUUAGAGUAUUGGAUUCAUAUGCAGGUAAUGUGUUGGGUGAGUGUCUUAUGGAUGAUCCAUCCAUGUGUUGUCAAAUCAAGUCAAAUCAAAUCAAAUUUUAUUGGUCACAUGCGCCGAAUACAACAGGUGCAGACAUUACAGUGAAAUGCUUACUUACAGCCCUUAACCAACAGAGCAUUAUUUAUUAUUAAAUAAAACAACAACAAAAAAAGUGUUGAGAAAAAAAGUAAAAUAAAAUAACAGUAGGGAGGCUAUUUGUACAGGGGGGUACCAGUGCAGAGUCAAUGUGCGGGGGCAGGUAGUUGAAGUAAUAUGUACAUGUGGGUAGAGUUAAAGUGACUAUGCAUAACUAAUUAAAUUCCAUUCCAGGAAGGGGAGCCAGACAGUUCAGAGAAUGAGGUGGAGAAGGAUGUGGCCACAGUGGAGGAAGGGAGUAAACCUGACUCUACCCUGCCUCAUGCCAUCAUCCUGGAACUGAGUCCAGUCAACUUCCUGGAUACUGUGGGCGUCAAGACUCUACGCAAUGUGAGUUGUUUGUCUGCACUGCUGUCCAUCUCACUCAACCUGUUAACCUUUUCUGCCAGUUCACCUCUCUCUCUCUCUCUCUCUCUUUUCUCUGAUAAAAUGCAAUGUUGCCAAAAUGAGACGCAAAAUGAAUGGAGCAGUCUCUUUCUCUCUCUCUGACCUGACCUUUGACCUCUCUCUGGUGCUGCUUCAGAUCCAAAGAGACUACGGUGAUAUCGGUGUAGAGGUAGUCCUGUGUGGAUGUCAGAGUGAGUGUUACAUUUUCCAUUUACUAUUACCAAAACCUCCAUGCUAAACAUACAGCACUGUAAUAUGCAUACCCUGGGUGCUGAAAAUAGUGGGUGUUCCUGUAGUUGUUUCUGUGUGUUUCCCAUUAUGUUUUCCAAGUUAUUUACUUGCAUUCUCUUAUGUAAUUAGGGAAAUUGCUUAUCAUGACUGAUUAUACAGGCCAAAUCACUAAAGUGACCAAUGUUUAUGUAGUUUGGAAUGUUGAUUAACCAUAAUUAUGAAUGUUUGAUCACAUCUCUCACUCUCUCUACAUCCAUUCCUCCCUCCUCUCUCUCUCUCUCUCUCUCUUGCUCUCUCUUUCUGUAGCUGGUGUUAUUGAGAACCUGGAGAGUGGAGGGUUCUUCAGUGAGAAAGUCAGUAAAGCGUGUCUCUUCUCCUCAAUCCACGAUGCUGUGCUUUACUGUCAGACAGACAGGGCCCAGAUGAACAAUGAUGACGAGGUGAAACAUACUAACGCACAUGGGCACGACGUGCACACACACACACAAGCAUGUGCACACACACACACACACACACAUUAUUUUACAAAAAUAAUGUGAACUUGUUUAUAUUGUUUAUACACACAAAUCGUUAUUUUCAAACAUUUGGUUUUGUGAGGUUUAGGUGUUGGUUGCUGGCAGCUCUGUUUUAGUGUUUAGUUGCAAGCGUAACUCUUCUACAGCUCCACAGGGAAAUCUCACAUGUUUAUGGUAGUUGGUCAGUGAACACACACACUACAGUCAGGGAACGUUUUACGAGUGAUCAGUCAGGUUAUACUGAUAGAUCCAGAAAAGCCUUCUCUGAAAGUGUCUAGAGGUGUUUGGAAUACAAAGCCUCUGACCUAAGCUAUGUUAUGAAUCUGCUGAGGGUGCUGGUUGUGUUGAAACAGGAAGUGCCAUUAACUUUAACAAGAUCUUCCUCUCAAACCGUCAAACUCAGUCUGGGGCUGCUGAUGUUAUGUGCAGGGUGGCCCCAAACAUCUAUGUGACUAUACAAGAGUGGUCCACAAUGUACGUGACCCUGAGUGGAGCUUUUGUCUUUAGUUACACUGUAGUUGCUAACUAUUUAUAACCAAACCAGCCAUGGUAUAACACUCUCUCCUCUCCUCUUUUCUCCCCACUCUCUCUCUCUCUCUUGCUCUCCCUCUCCUGUCUUUCUCUAUCUCCCUCUCUGCUCUCUAGGAAAUGCAAGCGACUCAUUUCUGAAUACAGAGGGUAAUGGAGGUGUCUUACUGUAUGGUAUAUUGGUACUUAUUAGAAAGUUCAGAAUACUUGACAUUCAUAGUGUCCACAUAUUUUUUGACACAGAAAGAAAGUAUGAAAGAAACAAUGUAUCAAAAAGAGACACACAGACAAACACUUCAACAAUGAGACUCACAAACCUUGACAACCCCAGAUUGAGGUUAGCCUUGUACUCCAUGUAAUGUGCCAAUGAUGUACAUUGAAACAGAAAAAUAUUAUUCUAUGACCUUCCUCUAACCAAAUAGAUACACCUUUGGGGAAACUUUUAUAUUGAAAGAUAUUUACAUAUUCUGUGCUAAAUAAACAAUAUUAUAUUUAUUGUUUAAAUUGUUAAUACAUAUUUUUUUGUUCUAAAAACAUGUUCCUCUUCAUACCUAGCUUUAUAUUUGUUGUAGGAAGAAUAACGUUAGCUAUCUGUUGUGAUUGUAAACAUACAUGUUAGAUUCUAUAUUGCAGGGAUGCAUUGUGUUCAGAGUCAUAUCAAAUCAAAUCAUAUCACAUUUUAUUUGUCACAUGCGCCGAA